UUCGUCUCGUCCCGCCUCGUUGAGCGCCCGCGCUUCGCUUCCUCAUACUUCAUACGUGCAUAGUGCACUCAACUGCGUCUGUCUUAUCACACUAGCAUUUCUUCUGAUGAUGACCUGAUAAAUUGUAUCGAUCGUAGUCAAUAACAGUGACAUCGACCGUUCGCGGGUGCAGUGUUAACACAGUGAUGGCCGAGAAGCACGCACUCAUACCAGACCCGAUUACGAUGUACACGCAAAAGGAAACCAUGAAGGAAGUGAAGGAUGCGUCCAAGAACUUGAUGGGUGGUGAUUUUGAGAGGCAGUACGGAGGCCCGACAAUGAACAAGUGCGAUCGGCGAAUGAAAGCUUGGGUAGUGACGGUGACUGCGACUAUCAUUGGGCUGCUAUUGGCGUUGCUUGUUCUGGUAAUCGUGAGGGAGAUCCACAUAGCCCGCUUACGGAGCGAAAUCGAUGAUCUUACUGCAAACAUGAUUGCGAUGUCGGCAAAUGUGAAAUUACUUAACCAAAAAUACAACAACAAACACUUCAACGACUUCAAGCCUAUGGAGGAUACUAUAUACGCUGACGAAGACCAAGAUCUGAGCACCAUAGAAACCGCCGAUAAGGAAGAAGACAAGGAUAAAUCGAACUACGAUUCCCUGGAGAAGCUACACGAUAUUACGGUCAUGGAGGAGGACAACAUCGGAGACGACGAGGACAUGCUGGACGUCGCCGACGAUGCGGAGAGCGGUGACUGGUAUCCUGAUUUCGACAAGCGUGCUGAUAAAGUGAUGAAUUCGAACAUGGUGCAUCUACGUCCCGACGAAAUUGCUGACGCAGUUGCAUUCAAGAAGGACAACGAGCUGCUCCUCUCGAACGUGAGAAAAAUCAAGAAACUGCUAAACGAGAAUCCAGAAAAUCCCGAUUUGCCGCCACUCCAACCGCCGGACAUGACCGAAUCUUCAGUGGAUAAACGGAACAAACGUAGCGUUUUCGAAUCAAGCCCUGAAGUAGAUCGAUUUCCAGCUCCAUAUAUGGCCACGAAAUUAGAAGAAAGACGUAAAUCGAAAAAGUUCUUGGGCAGCUUAGAGUCCGCUUCAGCAGCUAAGAUGACGAUGCACACCGUACCGCGGACAGUCAGGAACAGUGACGAUGAGGAACAGAGGCGGCCGUUUAUAGCAGCUCAUUUCCAUGGAAACACAUCGCAUCUGAACACCGAAGUUCAUGAGCAUUACAAAGGUAAUGGCUUGAUAAGAGUGUCUCACGGCGCCCCCCACGACGUGUGGUAUCCAUCGCAGUGGACGAUAUCGUCGCCUCCUCCGCGUCCGACUCUGACGCACUCCGGUCACGUCCGCGUGCACCACACCGGAGUCUACCUCGUCUACGCUCAGAUUUACUACCUGGACAGUCACGACGUGAUAUCUUGGGUAUUGCACCGUACGAAUCCUGAGUCGGAUGGAAGAGACACCCUUCUUCAAUGUGCACAAUCAUCCCACUCUACGGAAGUUCUCGACAAACCAAAUUCCUGUUUCUCUGCAUCAGCUCUGUUCCUCAGAGCUGGCGACAGACUCGCCGUUAGGAACACCGGCGGAGAUAGACACUCUCUCAUGCAGCCAGAGAAAAGCUUCAUAGGUCUCAUUAAAUUGGCUGACGCCGAAGAUCCGGCGCAAGAACUGUAGUAAUAUCCGUUCGGAAACCGGACAUUGUAACGGUGCCAUUUUGAAACGAAGUUUCUCUUUAUAAAGAGUUGUUUCAAUUUCGACUUUAUUGCAAGUAAAUUUUGUUUAUUUUUCUUUAUUUAGUAACAUACUAUGUUAUUAACGACUGUUGUCAAAGCUUUUGUAGUUUUUUUUAUUAUUAUUUUAACAAUAAUUUAUGUGCUUGUAAUUCGUAUGUGCGUACACAUGCGAAUACUUUCAUCGUGUUGUUUAAGUACCUACGUAAGUAACAUAAAAAAUAUGUAUUCGUUUACAAUAAAAGUGAUAGAGAAUGAGUGUGUUAUUAGUUUAGUGAACAUGUGCCAUCGUUAUUCUAUAUGUUAGUGUAUUAAUUAAUUUGUAACAGGGUUAUUUUAUUUUGUUUCGAUCUAAAUUACGGAAAGCGACCGUAAAAUUUCAGCUACAAAAUUUAUAAAGCUAUUGCUUUAAAAAGCAUUCUACGAAUAAUCUAGUUUUUCGGUUAGCUAUGUAAUAAAUAUUAACAUUAACGCAUAGAUGAGCAGAAUAACUAAACCAAUUUAAUCUGAAGUGAAUCUCUAUAAUUCUAUACUAUGAUAAGUAUAACACUUCUUUAAGUAGCUUUGCGAUUGUUAGCUUGUAUAAUUCGUUGACAGCUUUUUUUUACUUCUUUUCUAAAAUUCAUCGCCAUUAAGAUUAAGGAAUUAUUUUACAUAAAAUUGAUUAUUUAUGUCAUUCAAAUUUCAUACCAUCUCUGAUUAAAACUAAUAUUUAAGAUUCGGAAAAUACGAUAUUUAAAAAAGAAAUCUAAAUAUCGUUGUUGUUUAGUGUUCUACAAUACAUAUAUUAAAAUUAUUAUAUAAUGACAGUGGCUUUCUUUAAUCAAUUGAAUUUAGAAUACGUUUGCCCGUAUUUAUCAAAAAACUUGUACACAUUCAACUAUGUUGAAGUGAGUGACAUCUUUAUUAAAAUGUCAUUAUGACAUUAUAUUCUUGCAAGGGGAAAUAUAAAUGUAUUCAUGGCAUUUUGGUACUAAAGAACGAAGUUACAAAGGAAGCAUUGUUUCUAAAUGUUUUAGCUGGCGAUUGAUCUGAUCAUUUGAACAUACGAACUAAGUAGGUAGCUAAUGCACCUAAAUCGCCUAUAUACACAACUCCCGAAUUUUCGUUUUUAAAGUAAUAUUUAAAUUAUUUUCGUUCAUAAAUCCAAUUAUGUAAUUCUUUUUUUUGUAAUCAUCUUUUUUCCCCAACCUGUAAAACCUAGGGCUAUUAAUCCUGGUACAAUUGUUAAAGUAGGUACUACAGUUACAUAAUUUAUUUACCUAUGAGAUAAGUAUUCGGUCGUGCAUUCAUGUUUUUGUAAAGAUUAAAAUUAAAUAAAAA